AGAUUGACGAGGGUUACCUAGGGGCCCAGCAGCACGAGGAAAAGGUAGGGGAGAGUCGAGAGAGAGAACGCUAGAGCUUCGUCUAGGGUUUUGAAAAUCCGAACCAAUCAAAGGAGGUGUCUCUAUUGUGUGCAGGAGUCGAGUGUGAGAUAUAUAUAGAGGGAGAGGUGAGAUCGAGAGCAAAGAGCGACGAGGGGAGAGAAAUUGAGUGUCUUGUGCAAAGAGCCACCGAAAUUCUCACUUGCCUCUCGAAUUUGCGAAUUGGUAAUUUGACCCUUGUCGAGUAUGUCGGAGAGAAAGCUUGUAGUUUUGGGCAUCCCAUGGGAUGUGGAUACGGAUGGCUUGAAGGAUUACAUGAGCAAAUUUGGGGAAAUUGAGGAUUGUAUUGUGAUGAAGGAACGGUCCACUGGUCGGUCUCGUGGUUUUGGAUAUGUAACAUUUGUAUCAGUUGAGGACGCUAAGAAUGCAUUAUCAAGUGAGCACUUCCUUGGCAAAAGAAUUUUGGAAGUAAAAGUAGCAACUCCAAAGGAGGAGAUGAGAGCACCAUCAAAGAAUGUCACGAGAAUAUUUGUGGCCAGGAUCCCAUCAUCUGUUACAGAAGCUGACUUCCGAAGUUAUUUUGAGACUUAUGGUGAGAUAACAGAUUUGUACAUGCCAAAGGACCCGAGUACCAAAGGGCAUCGUGGAAUUGGGUUUAUUACUUUUGCAAGCGCAGAAUCUGUGGACAAUCUAAUGGCUGAAACUCAUGAACUGGGGGGUUCUACCAUAGUUGUUGACCGAGCAACACCCAAGGAGGAUGACUUCAAACCAGUAAGCCGAGUGGCACAGGGUGGAUAUGGUGCCUAUAAUGCCUAUAUCACCGCAGCAACUAGAUAUGCGGCUUUAGGUGCUCCUACCUUAUAUGAUCAUCCAGGCCUCAUGUAUGGAAGAGGGGAAGCCACUCGAGGAAUGGGCAAAAAGAUUUUUGUCGGCAGGCUUUCUCAAGAGGCAACCGCUGAUGAUCUUCGCCAGUAUUUUGGCAGAUUUGGCCGUAUUAUAGAUGCUUAUGUUCCGAAGGAUCCCAAGAGAACUGGCCACAGAGGUUUUGGUUUUGUGACCUUUGCUGAAGAUGGCGUUGCAGAUCGUGUGUCUCGAAGGUCUCAUGAGAUUUGUGGACAAAAGGUUGCAAUAGAUUCAGCAACACCAGUUGAUGAUGCUGGUACUAGUGGAAAUUUCAUGAUGGACAAUGCUGAACCAUAUGUUGGGGGUUACAACGGACCUAUGCGUACCUAUGGCAGGAUGUACGGAAGUUUGGAUUUUGAUGAUUGGGGUUAUGGCAUGCCUGGUGGAAGACCUUCACGUGCAGAUCUGAGGUACAGGCCAUACUAGAGAUGAGAGUCGUGGCCUUGAAAGUACGGGCACUGCCAUAAGUUCUCUUUGCAUAUUCGGGAAAGGCGUGCUGAAGUUGCUAAUGGAGUUUGCUUGAACUUUAUGGACAAUUAUUGAAUGUUGACAUUAUUGUGGAAUUGAUGUUGUAUGCAACAUCUCAACUUGUCUGAACAAAAAAUUCAGUAACUUAAUUUGACACACAAAAUUUGAUGUAGUUUUCCAUAAGGAGUAUGUGGUUUUCCAUAAGGGAGCAAUGUAUGUGAAGUAUGUGAAUGUGAUUUAUUAAGUUUAGGUGAUGACCAAACCUCCAUGUUCACUGCUAAUUGGCCCAGAUUGUUACUGGCAUUAUAUCUUGUAUAAUUUGAUGCAUUUGGUAGUUAAUUUGCUACUCUGGCAUUAUAUCUUAAUAAUUUGAUCCAUUUGGUACUUAA